GCGGACACAUGGUAUUCAACACCUGUCUCUUCCAAAUGACCUGCCACCAUACGACUCAAGGGAUAUAGACAUGUUUUCUCCGGUUCCAUCCGCAAAACCUUCCUCUUCCUUAUCAUUGGUGUCUCCUGUUCUGUCCUCAGCAACCACUACUGCGUCCUCCAGCUGCUUUGGUGCACGAAGGAACAAUACCCCAAAGUCUCAUGCGCCCCCUAAGUCAGGCGCCGGAGGUAAAGAGAAGGGACACAUCUUUACGCGCGCGCGGGAGACGUAUAUAGCUGAGCUGCUUGCAGACCCAGAUACUUGGGCACUUUUUGACGAUCCAGCAGAGAGGAACAACCACCACAGGCCGAAGACAGACGUUCGCGAAGGAAUUGCCUGGAAGAUUAACAGCAAGUUUUCCACUGGAGACAGCCCUGUGAAUUUUGACAGCUUUCAGAUCAAGAACAAGAUUGAGAAUAUGAAGAGGGUCUGGAAGAAGGCAAAUAAUCUCUUCAGCACAACAGGCAACGCGGACAAGAGGAAUCAGAAAUUGAGAAAGAGUCAUCCUGAUUUGCCAUUUUUAUUACAGCACGGAGCAGGUCUGAUCGGCGUCUUACCGGAGAAUCGUUGAGAUACCGGAUCUGAUUUGGGUUUUCUUGAGGGUCUAUCCAGUGCAACUUUAAUGAAAUGAACUCAGGCAUCGAAAACUGGAAUCUGGAAGAGAUAAAAUUCAGAGGUCAAUUGUCGGUACCAGGAAGCACAGCUAGCCUUGAUGGAGGGAGAUACAGAGGAAGAAGAUGCAGGCGGAAAUAGCAAGAAGGCGGGUAGAACUUGAAUUGGAACAUAUAAGGAUAGAGUUGGAGGUCAAGAGAAUGGAUGCUGAGCACAUGAGGCAGCAAGUAGAGCUAGAGCGCGUC